AUGUCCGACGACUUGGAUCCUUCCGAGUUUGUCCAGCGCAUCCGCCAGCUGGGCGAGCAGCGGGACCAGCAGGAUGCUGAACGGGUGAAGAAACUGGAGGAGGAGUUGAUCCAGGGCCGUAGCGAGAGACUGGCUCGCCGAGCAGAAAGAGCGCGCUCCAUCUCGCCCGACAAACCGUAUACGCCGCAAUCCCCUCGCUCCUCACGCGCCCCCACCCCGCGAGACGUGCAGGAAAAGGCUGCCAGCACACCCACACCCUCCAUGGCCCCGCCCCGAGAGCCUACUGCUGCUGCUGCUGCUGCUGCUGCUGCUGCUGCCGACGACGACCUCACAUCCUCACCGCCGCCACAACUCGCCCCACACAAGGAUGAAACCAUCACGACGAUCGAGGACAUGGAGCCCAAGAAGCCCGUGGCCAGCAGCGCCGCCGCAUUGGGUCGCUCAGGCACUCUCUCGUGGAAACAGAGACCACAGUCUGGCAGCAUUCGUCGCCCGCUGUCCAUGUCGCCCACUCGGCCAGACCGGAGCUCGGGUUCUGCGUCUGGCUUUGCCUCUGCCUCUGCUGCUGAGCCUGCUUCGCCUGAACGGCCCAUCUCGCGCGGUUCUGUAGCUGCUUCGCCUGAACGCCCCAUGUCGCGCAGCUCCGUAGCCGCCUCUCCCGAACGCCCCAUCUCUCGCGGCUCCAUUGCUGCCUCGCUCUCCGCCAAAGACGCUUCCUACUUCCGCCAGACAGCCGACCGUGGCGCUGGUUCUGCGGCGUACAGGAAGAGCCAGGAGGAAAGUGCAUCCGACGCCGGCUCCAUGACAGGAACAGGCAGGCGAGCACUGCCGGGCAUGUCACGGGACCGCGAUUCCACGCGCGAGCCUGACGUCAGCAGCCCGCCUCCUGAGAGCGCCCGUUCGAGUUCGCCGGGCUCGCGUGGGGGCUCUGCGCGGGAGAGCACUGUGCUGAGCAACCGCUUCUCCACCAACACCUCCAUAUCUGCUGGCGAUGUCGAGCCGGUCACGAAGAGAGGCUCAGCCCUGCCCCUGCUCGACUCGCAGAAGUUUGCUCCGCCAUCGGAAGCGGGCUCCAUGCCAGACGAGGCAGACAACUCGCGUGCGACGCGUGGAAUGGCCAUGUCGCCGACGCAAGGGAGGAUCUCGCCAGAGCGUGAGCGCUCCACUUCCCCCACCAAGGGCAUGGGAGGUUUUGUGCAGAGUGCCAUGCUCAAGCGCAGCGACAGCGUCAGCAAGCGUUGGAGCACGGCAACACCUCCAGGCUUGACCAGACAAAACUCGACAAUGAGCAACCGCGGGAGUGCAAUGGCAGGAUACGGCUCACUGUCCAAGGCGGACAAGCCAACGCUGAGCAGAGACAACUCCAUCGAACCCUCGUCGCGUCCUACCUCGAGCCACAGCAACGCUACCGUCACCCGGCCUGGCACGCGUGACGAAGAUCGCGCGCCUCGAGAAUUCGUCAAGCCUGCGCUGCCCGCCCAUAGCCACAGCCGAAGCAAAUCCGUAGCGUCGACCUUCAGCGAAAAGGACCAACCGCAAGACGACACCUCUCCUCCCAGUCCCUCCAAGCGCUGGAGCCCGACAAAAUCGAGCUGGCUCGAGAGCGCCCUCAGCAAGCCAGAUUCGCCCAAGUUGAAGCAGCCACCGCCGCCUGCGCAACCAGCCUGGAUGGCGGAGAUUAGUCGCAUCAAGCAGCAGCGUGGCAGCAUAGACAUGGGCAGGAGCAGUCCGCUGCAAGGCUCGCCUGGUGACGCCUUGAGCAACAGCCGACCAUCUUCGCCAAUCAAGGACAUACAAUUGAAGCCCGUGGGUCUCCGUAGGCCCGACUCGCCAAAGAAGGAGGAGCCUGCGGCUGAGGGGGACAGAACAGUGUUGAGGGAGAGGGCAAAGACGCUGGCAGAUCCCUCGGCCACGCUAAGGCCUAUGCUACCGCCACCGAAGCCCUCUGACAAAGAGCUGGCCUCUUCUUCGGAAGAGAUGGCUUCUCCACGGGAGCAGUUCAAGGCUCAGGCGGACAUGCCUGAGACGCAGACGGUUUCAUCCCCAAAGACAGACUCGUCUCCAUCCUUGCAUUCCUCCAAGCCGUCGCUGACCUCGAGGGUCUCGUCGCCAUCUCUGUCCGAGAGACCGGUGGCGUCUCGCUUUGCUCAAGAUACGGGUCUGGCGAUGCCAAAAGCGCGACCUGUCACCCCACCAAAGAACUUCAGAGCAGGUCUCAAGUCACGUCAGCCCGCAGGUGGCGCCCCAAAGACCACCGACGAUACGAAUGAACUCGCAAACGUCUUUGGCAAGCUCAGGAAGGCGGAGACCAAGAACUACGUUGCGCCAGAUCCACUCAAAGACAACAUCAUGCGAGGCAAGAAUGCAUUGAAUGUCACAGGCGGCCCAAAGCCCUCUGAGCGUCGCGAUGAAUUUAGAGAGAGUCUCCGGCAUAAGAAGUCGGUCAUCCUCGAAAAGGCAAAGGAGGAGGGUACGGUUCUGAAGAGGUCGAGCAGCUCGUCCGAUAUUAUGCCCACUCCCGAAGCCAUUGCAAAGAGAGGCGUUCUCAACCGCGCCGAGAGUGGACCAAAGGCUUCUGUUCCACCAAAAGAGGAACCUACGCCCGAAGCUCUGGCCAGAAAGAAGAGCCUGCGGACAUUGAGCAAGCCUGCAGUGGAAGACAAGUCUGCUCAGCCCGCUCCAUUGUUUGCUUCCAAGGCACCAGCCGUGUCGGGCAAACUGGCAGGUCGUUUUGAUCCAGGCUUGGCCGGGAUGCUUGCACGUGGACCACCUCCCAUGGCGACCAAGGGAUCUACAUCAAGUGCUGAUGCAGACACAACUCCCACACGGCCUGCGCAAGAGGAGAAGUCUGGGCCCCCUCCGGAAUUGCAACACAUGACCAAAGGACGAGCCCGUGGCCCAAAGAGGAGAGCACCCAAGCAGACCGCGGCUGCACCGGAGAGGACGGAAGAGAGAACAUCUGCUGCUAGCACAGCAGUGCCGUCGGUGAAGCCUGAGCAUGUUCUUCCCAGUUCUGAGCUUUCCAAGACUAACGGACAAUCAGAGGAGAGCACAGUGACCAGGACGCCGGCCAGGCAGUCGUCGACUGAGAAGCCAGCCACGCCGGCUAAAUCACCCCGAAUCGCAUCGGGAAACUUUGGGAAAGCAGCAACACCGGAGCUGCCCAAGAAACCAACGUCUAGUGAGCUGGACCGCAGGGUCUCGGGAUCUCAUGCGUCGGUGAAGAAGUCAUCACGUCCAGAUUCCAUCGGUUCGCCAAAGCUAGGCUCACCGGGCAUCCCCAAGAAACCAGCGUCUCUAGAAGUGGACAGAAGGUCGUCUGGCUCUUUUGGCACACCUCAGAAAUCUGCAGCACCCAAGACAAUAGAGACGACUAAGGCGCCUUCGCCAUCACCGUCAUCCGCGGUGAACCAUUCCCGGUUCUCUCGUCCAUUGCCUACCUUGCCCACAAAGUCAGCUGCGGAAAGCCCAAAAUCAACACCACUCAAGGAGAUUAGUACACCCAACAUUGACAUCUCACCAGCAAGGAAUGUGCCUUCGCCGGAAAAGUCGACGUUCACCUCUGUCAAGAAUGCGACAUCACUAUGGGGACGACAAUCGGCUUCUUCAUCUCCUGUACCUACACUGACAAAGUCACCCAUCAAGUUGCCCACGCGCGCCGACGAGCAAGCCGCUAUAGAAGAUGCUGGACUCGUAAGAUCGCCGGACAACGAACAAAAGCCACUGCCCAAGUUCCCUCCAGUAGAGCCACAGUCGCCUGCUACACCCAUGUCUCAGUCUCCAGCUACAUCAAAGCCUCUGCCGUCGAAGCCAAAGCCCACGGGUCUGGGCUUUAGUCUGGGCAGCUUGGGAAGUUUUGUCGCAUCACGAUCACGAGAGUCGAGCCCACAGCCGCCUGUAGAUUAUCCAGCGUCACCACCAACGAGUGCCCACCGACCACAAUCGGAGCCAUUUACAGCAUCCCCACAAGCGGCCAAGCCACAAAAGAACGAUGGCAUGUUUGCAGAGUUCUUCGAUGAGUCUCCCGUCACGAACGGACAGCUUCCCGACAACAUCGAUACUGUGCAAGUGUUGAAGUCGCCGCCGUUUAGUCUGGGACCCGCAAGCAAGAUCCGCACUCUGCGCAAACAGAUUCAAGAAGUGAACGGAGACGGCAAACUCGCCUCCAUUCCUCAACAGGAAGAGCAUGUACUAUUCCAGGAGUCCAUGUACCUCUGCACCCACGUUUAUGAAGAUGCCAAGGGUGCAAAGCACACGGACGUCUAUCUAUGGGCAGGAAAUGGUGUCCCAGAGCCCAACAUUGAAGACGCCCAGCUGUUCGCAAAGAACCACGCCCGCCAGAACCAAGGCAACCUCGUGAUACUCCGUCAGGGUCAAGAACCUCCCAACUUCUUCGAUGCGCUCGGUGGUAUCGUCAUCACUCGCCGUGGCACGAACCCUUCCUCGAAACAGUUUGUACUCUGCGGACGUCGCCACCUUGGCCAUCUCGCGUUUGACGAAGUCGACUUCUCCCUCAAAUCGCUUUGUUCUGCAUAUCCCUACCUCGUCUCCACUGCCUCUGGCAAAGUGUUCCUGUGGAAGGGCCGCGGCUGCUCUGCCGAAGAGCUCUCGGGGGCACGUCUCAUGGGCAUGGAUCUCGCGCCCACGGGCGACUUUACCGAAAUCGACGAAGGCAGCGAACCCUCAUCUUUCCUCUCCAUAUUUCCACCAUCGCCCACACCCACCAAGGGUCCCGCGAUCCCGCGAUCCGCCGACCACUGGCGCUACAAGGCCACGAACGACAAGUACCGCGUCCGCCUGUACAGGAUCGAACAGAGCAGUGCCCAGACCGGGGGCUGGGGCUCGGCACUCCAGGUGAGCAGCUCCUUUUUCGCACCGCUGUUGCGGAGGCCGUCGUGGAACGGCGCUGCGAUUGCGGCCUCGACGACGACGACGAAUUCGAAUCAUGCUGAACAGAGGCCGCAGACGCCGCUUACACCCAAGUCGCCCGCUGUGAGCAUCAAGACGGCGGUCAAGGAGAUUAUGCCCUUUAGCCAGCGAGAUUUGGAGCCAGAGGGCGUGUUUGUCCUGGACGCUUUUUUCGAAAUGUACAUCAUCGUCGGCGCCCUCUCGCGCUCCCAGGCCCCGGCCUUUAGCACCGCCCUCCUCUUCGCCCAGGAAUACGCCAUGAUUGCCGUCUCGGAGGAAGACCGCCCCUUUUUGCCCGUCACCACGGUCGUGCUCGAGGGCGUGCCGCGCGAUAUGAAGGCCGUGUUUCGCCACUGGGAUGAUGAGCGGAUUCCGGCGGCGGGACUGAUGCGGGGGAAGCUGGGACGGGGGAAGAGUUUGCGGAUUGUGGGGUUGGAGAGGGCGAUUGAGGGGACGAGGGGGUAG